AUGGCCCAUGGCUCCACAUACCAUGCAUCGAGCCGCACUAGAGAAUCAGUGUCGGAAAUGGAUAUUGAAGAGCAGGGAGGUGCAUCGCCCGAGAUAUAUCGGGAUAGGACAUCUACCUACGAGGUCUUAGACCAGCUAUUCCGAGAGCGUAAUUCAUCCGCAACACUCCAUCAUACCACGGCUGCAAUACCAGGAGGGAGCCCCGAGGCGAGGACAUCUGAUGCUCGGGAACUCUAUGUUUCUGUCACAGACCUCAUCGGAGAAGAGUUGCCAGCUCCAGAUAUUGUAAACUACAGCCUGCAGAAGUAUUUGAAUGCUGUGCACUGGUUUAUGGUUCUGUUUCACGAACCUACCUUUCGGAUCGAAUUGCAACAGAUCAUGUCGACUGGUUGUGUUCAAAAAGAUCGGGCCGCCUUCUUGUAUUUGGCCGUACUCGUAAUUGGAGUCGGUGCAAGGUAUGCUGCAGAUUCAGUUGAUGCCCCUAUGAGCUACCAGAGCUGCGGUUUCGACGGUCUGGGAUUGAGGUUGAUCCGGCUUGUCGAAACCAAGCUCUUGGACAUCUUCGAUGAGUCUGGCAUUGAGGCUGUUCAAAUCGCGAUAGUCAUGUCGUCGUAUUACCUUUACCAAGGACUUCCGAAACGAAGCUUUGCCCUGCUGGGGAGUGGUCUGAAGGUAGCACUGUCAAUCGGCCUUCACAGAGAAAGCAGCUGGACUAUGUCAAAUCCUGUCAUCAGAGAGGUCUGGCGACGACUCUGGUGGGCUCUAUACACAGCAGAAGUAUUCGGCGCCAUCAGCUAUGGAACACCUUGUUUGAUGCAGGACAAUGGAUGGGACGUUGCUCUCCCUGGAAAUAUCGAGGACAUGUCUCUCACCUGUCCUGGAUUUGACUCUCAAGAGACCUAUGGGGGCACUACUGUCGGGCCUGUAAAUGUGUUUUCUUACCACCGCUACAAAUUCCAGCUGUAUCGCCUGGCAUCUGCGAUCACCAAAAAUAUCUACUUACGGAGUGGAGUAACGUUGAAAGACGUUGUGGCGGAAGUCAAACGUAUCAACCAGAGACUGCUUGAAUGGGAGAAAUGUAUUCCUCCAGAACUGCGGCCAGAAUCUCUAAAAUCACUCGCUUCCAGAGAGCAAUAUCGAGGGACACUGAAAAUCUUUCAAUUGCAGGCUCUCGUUCUACAACUAUCCUAUGACAAUGUUCAGAUGGUUUUGCAUCGCCCUCUACUGACCAUGAAUCAAGUACAGAGAUGGCCCCGGUUUGUCAAUGACGCUCGGGAAACCCCUGGCGAGCCCCUCAGAGACUCGACAGAUGAGGUCAACGAUAUGAUAAAGUCCAGCAAGUGCCAGUGCUGGAUCUCGUCACUAAGAACGUCAACUAUUGGAGACUAUCCGGAAUACCUCAUGGCUUCAAGGAGCACUUACGGUGCGGCAUAUGCGGCCAUCCAGUCCUUUACCUCUGGUGUCGUUCUGGGGAUCUUCGCAUUAUCAGAUCCUCUAUCAGAUCAAGCCCAUCAGGGUAAACGUGCCUUGAGCAAAAUCAUCAAACUUCCGAAGCUUUACAAAUACCGAACGAAAGUAUCUGACCAAUGUGGCCAAAUCUUGGAAGAACUCCUCCGUUUGAUCCUUUCGGAAGAGAUGAAGUCACUGCUUGUCGAUGCAAGAGACUCAGAUGAUAGCGCACAAAGCCCGGCCCUGAUGUCGAACAUCAGUCUUGCUGCUGAUACUGGGCCCUCUACAUCUCAGAACGAUCAUCCAGGUGCUAUACCUGAUUCGUCCAGAAACAACGGAGUUCACGAUAAAGAUCCGUGUGCAGCUAGCCUCAACCCUUCAGGUGAAGAUCAACCACUUUUGUCAAAUCAAGGCCCAGACUUGAACAUCGACAGCGAUCUCUUCGCACUUCAGUCUGUACUACCAUCAGACAUCCAUGAUGGAAAUUUCAGUGAUGCACUUCUGUCAUUGCAAGAUGUGUUUCGAGACAGCAGAGGUGCGGCUCAGUCAACCGUUCCAUAUAGUUCCAGAACGCAGCUGUCCGGGGGAACAACACCCACAAUCACCAAUGCACUAUUGCCGGCCUCGCAACUACAAGGUCCUCCGUUCCCUCGAGCAGCAAUCCCAUUCGAUGGCACUUCACAGGCAUGGAUCUGGGAUGAUCUUCUUUGGCUUCCUGAAGCGUCAUGA